AUGCGCGCCACAAACUAUCACACACAACACCACCACCAACUCUCCCUGCAACCCGCCACCAUGGCACCAGAUCUCAACUCCGUCCCCCUCUCCCCCUACCCACCCGAAGCCACCGCCACGCCACCCCCCGCCCCCUCGUCCAGCACCCCCCAGCCAAAUAUCCUCUACAUCAUGGCCGACCAGCUCGCUGCCCCACUCCUCAAGAUGUACAACCCCGCGUCCCAGAUCAAGACCCCGCACCUCGACGCCCUCGCCUCCUCCGCCGUCGUCUUCGACUCCGCCUACUGCCCCUCCCCCCUCUGCGCCCCCUCGCGCAUGAGCAUGGUGACGGGCCAGCUCCCCACAAAGAUCGGCGCCUACGACAACGCCAACAGCAUCGGCCCCGACGUGCCCACCUACGCGCACUACCUGCGCGCGGCGGGCUAUGAGACUGCCUUGGCGGGGAAGAUGCACUUCAUCGGGGAGCAGCUGCACGGCUACGAGAAGCGUCUCACGAGUGACAUAUACCCGGGUGACUAUGGGUGGAUGGUCAACUGGGACGAGCCGGAUCGCAGGCUCGAGUGGUACCACAACGCCAGCUCCAUCCUGCAGGCCGGGCCGUGCGUGCGCAGCAACCAGCUCGAUUACGACGAGGAGGUCAUGUAUAAGAGCUCGCAGUUCCUGUACGACCAUGUGCGUCAGGGCGACCGGGCUAGGCCCUUCUGCUUGACGGUCUCCCUCACCCACCCCCACGACCCCUACACCAUCGAAGAGCAAUACUGGGACCUCUACGAAGACGUCGACAUCCUGCCCCCCACCGUGACCAUCCCCCGCGACGAGCAGGACCCGCAUAGCAAGCGGCUGCUCAAGGUGUGCGAUCUGUGGGAUGCUGAAAUCUCGGAGAAGCAGGUUAAGCGGGCUCGGCGCGCGUAUUAUGGCGCGGUUAGCUAUGUGGAUGAUUGUAUUGGGCGGCUGCUGAAGGUGCUGAAGAAGUGUAAGUUGGAUGAGAAUACUAUUAUCGUCUUCUCGGGGGAUCACGGCGAUAUGCUGGGGGAGAGGGGUUUAUGGUACAAAAUGUCCCUCUUCGAAGCCUCCGUCCGCGUCCCGCUGCUUAUUCACCACCCGGCCUCUUUUGCGCCGAGACAUGUCAGCUCGCAUGUGUCGACGCUGGAUAUCCUGCCUACCCUCGUCGACCUCGUCGGCACGAAACUGUGGGAUACGCUGGACAUCGACGGACAUAGUCUCUACCCCUUCCUCCGCGGCGCAGCAGCCAACACCGCGAAGGAUACCGCGUACGCCGAGUACUGCGGUGAAGGCACCAUAGCGCCGCUGAUGAUGAUCCGUCGCGGGAAAUGGAAAUACGUCACCUGCCCCGUCGACCCGGAGCAGCUCUACGAUCUCUCCGCCGAUCCGCUCGAGCUCGUCAACCUCGCCCUACCCUCCUCCAAGAGCACCGCCUCUUCCACCACCGCCAAUUCCGCCCUAACCAAAUCCACCACCUCCCCCCUCGAAGCCUCCACAGCCCUCUCCGCCUUCCAUGCCGAAGCCAGCGCAAAAUGGGAUUUCCCCACGAUAACCCGCUCAGUGCACCACUCGCAGCGUCAACGCACCCUAGUCUGGUCCGCGCUCACGAAGGGGAAGUUCACGAGCUGGGAUUAUAACCCGAUUGAUGAUGGGAGGGAGAAGUAUAUUCGUUCUCACUUGCCGUUGGAUGAGCUGGAGUUGAGGGCGAGGUAUCCGGCGGUGGAUGAGAGGGGGGUUGUUAGGGGGGGGUGGUGA